AUUCCCAAUGGAUAUUUAAAUUGAUUGAUCUGCAACGAUUGUCUGGAUUUCGAAACUUAUUUAAACAAUUUGUAGUCGACCAUUUUGGAGAGGAGCGUGUUCAGGUUUUGUGGUUUUGAUUGCUAUGGCUAUAUGUAUUUGGAUAUAUGGACAGUUGUCUGGGUAUCAAUUUUACAUUUAACAUGGAGGUGUCUGUGUUAUUAUAAGGAAUCAUCUCUGUGAUAUGGAGGUUGGACUAAGGGCCAAGGCAUUAAUCAGAUACCUCCACAAGAACCUGCAUACAGAGCAAGCUGGCAGCCAAAUGACAGAGGAUGAGACGCAAGAGAAAGCAGUGGCUUUUCUGGCGUUAUUGAAAAAGGACGAAGAAGCCUUAGUGACGGAAGUUAAGAAACUUGUGAAAUCUAAUAAAGAACUUGCCAAAUAUAUUUUUAGUGCACAAAUUGAUGGAUGGACACUAUUUCAUGCGUGUGCCCUAAGAGGAUGCCGGAAGUUAUUGAAGUAUGCCAUCAGGUCCGGUGUUGACGUCAAUCUCAAAAUGGGAGAACCGGAAGGUGUCCCCGGCGGAUGUAGUGCUUUACAUAUGGCGGCUCACAGAGGUGACGUAAGCGUGAUCGAAAUCUUGACCACUUCAAGGGCAGAUCUAGACCCGAAAGACAGUAAUGGGAAGACUCCCGUAUUUUACGCAUCCCGUGCUCAUAACUCUUUAGCAGUGAAAACGCUUAGGAAAUUAGGGGCUGACAUCUCUAAUUGUGAAAAUGCUGUUAUAAGAGACGAAGGCUCGCUUAGAUCGCCACUCAAUAACUUCCGGUUUCUGCCAUUUCCGGGAUGUUCCGGAUCUAGGUCGUGACCAUUUAGAAAUUCCGUCCAUGAAUCAAAUUCUCAACGUGUUCAAACAUUAUCUAUACAAACAAACAUAUUUAAUGUGUUAAUAAUUUACAGAAGUUCUAUUUAUGUGUAGUUUAUACAUGUAUGAUUUUAUUUAUAAACAGAUUUUUCCCGCAUACAUUUUGUAGCAUUUAUGGAGGUAUUUAACUGAAAUUAACACAGUACAGUAAUACUGAAAGACCUUUAAAAGCUAAGAAACUCAAAGUACUCUUUGUAUGUAAUUCGUGGAACAAAUAAUCAUUUACAGAAUUCCUUAAACAUUAUAGCUAGGUAUACUAGCGAUGAACAAAUGUAUUAUAUGUUUAUUUAUAUUGCAAAUUUUCCGCAAAU